AAGAGAGGCACCAUGAGGUUGUAUCCGCUGCUGCUGCUGUUGUUCGGGUCCUUCCAAAGAGCCUAUUCUCAGUUGCCUGGAUGGAUUGGUGAGGUGGAAGGUAGUGGUGAGACAGAAUGGUUCCCCGAACCAGAUUUCAUAGACGACAUAUAUUGGACCGGGUCAGCGCCGGUGUGUUUUGGAGGCUGUAGGGCGCGACACCAGGAGCUGAGGAGAGAUCCCUGUGGAGACUCGAGCUGCUGCUGGCUCGGCUACAAGUCCCUGUGCAGGGUGAACUGUGGGACGCCAGAUGUGGACUACAAUGGAGUGGUGUAUGGUAACGACUGGUGGGUGGGCUCUGUGGUGCGGUACACGUGUCGCUCUGGCUUCAUGCUGGUGGGAAGCCCGACCAGAACAUGCCAGCCUAAUGGUCUCUGGACCCCGAAACCUACCUGCCUCAGAAUGUGUCAGCGGGGACGCAUUGAAGUCAGUGAGAGGGAACUUAAUGGGACGUGUAACUCCACCUGCGCAUACAAGAGCUACUUUGGCCCACCCAAACAAGGCUGCACUCGGAUAGACAACUGUAAGAAGAAGGAGACUGGCUGGAAGCGGUUCUUUGCACAGUGUGUCCCUUGCAUUUGUGACUGCGCUUUAUCAUGUGCAUCUACAGGAUAAACUAUGGAGAAAACACUAUGUUGACUGUAC